AUGGCUAAUACUUACACCAUCACCAUCAAGAACAGGUCUCAGAGGUCGCAGAGCUUUUUGCUUUUCCAAGACAUUCCCGAACCUGCCACAUUCCAAUUGGGGCAAGUCUUCGACAACGUCUACCAGCGGGCCGCGAAGAUCGUGGACGACGCUCAAGUGACGUUCCAGAUCUCGAGUGAUGUUUAUGCCAUUCACGGCACGUCUAAUAAGAGCCAAGACGGAGUGGUCGAGGUUAAAACCUCUGACUAUAUGGAGGUUAAACUGGGCCCAAACGGGUCGCGUUGCUACCUCACUACUGAGAAUUCGUAUGGUCGAGUUUCCAAGUUUGAGAAGGAAGAUUACUCGACUCAGGCUGAAGGUGCCUUCAUUAUCAGUUCGGAUAAGACGUUUCACUAUUCGAAACCUACUAAUAUGUACUUUGGUGUCGGGGCCAAGAUUCCUAGCACUGGCGAAAUCAUUCCCGUGCAAACAUACAAGACCAUUCCCGAUGUUAUUGCGCAGGUCUACCCCAGAGCCAGAUACUAUGUUGCCUUUGGCGACUAUCAGCCUGGUUCCAUCGUAGAACGAAGGGCGCUUGGAUAUGUCCUCUCUAUCGACUUCAGUGGAUGCGAGGAGCACAACGCCACUUUCAUAUUGGAUGACGAACAUGAUUACAUUGCUGAUCCCGUCAUGUAUAAAAGCAACAUAGUGUGGUCAGUGGCUCCAUUCUAA